AUGUAGAGAUCAUAUUAAGAAUAGGUUAACUAGAAGGAUUAUUAACAUAAACUUUAUUUCAAAAAUGGUUAUCCUUAGAAUUAAUCGUUCAAACGAGAUCCAAAACAAUUACUUAGAGGUUUAAUUCUUAAAACAUGCAUACUUCACUUUCUAGAUUGGUUGAAGUAAGGCUUUAAUUUAUGGCUCUUCGUGGUGAUAAUAUUGUCUGCUAGUUUCAAAGCUAAACAACAACUAUUUAUUUGCAUAAUAUAAUUGGCUGGUAAUUUAUUUAUGUCUUCUUACAAACUUUAUCAGUAAAUUUGUAAAGCAUUAAAAUAAGUUAAUGAACAUUACGAUUAAACUGUAUAUGUGAUUGGUUGGGAUCCCAAAUGCCACAUUAGCAAAUGUCCCAAACGCGAUGUGACAGUUGGUAAUUUGGUGUUCCUCAAAAGACAUUAACCAAGUCCAAUGAGUAUUUUAAUUCUGAACUCUCAGGAAGAGAAGUUUAUGGUGUAAACAUCAGAAAAGGAAGGGAUGACGCAUAUGACCCAGAAGCAAUCAAUUAAAUUAACAUCCACCUCUGAUCAAUAGAAAAACCAAACAUUAAUUUAUUAUAAGAGAAUAUUGACUGGCAAAAUAGAAUUCGAUUACUUGGACACUAAUGAUAAUACCUUUAGAGGUUUCAUUAAACUGUAAAAGGAUCCCAAAGGUGAGUAUUUGGACUAUAGGAAUAUCGUGAAUUAAAGUAAUAUGAUAAUCAAUACGGAUUGGGUAGUUGGUAUUGUGAUAAGUCAUGAUGAUGAGGAUGUCAUUAAAAUGUGGCAGAAUUGUUUUAAAAAGUCCACUACUCAUUUUGAUAGAUACUUGAUGAAAUUUUCAUUAAUAUUUUCUCUUUUGUACUUCAUCUAACUUGCAUUCUGUAUCACAAUCAUUGUGAGAUUUCAAAAUUAACCUGAUGAUCUCAAUAUUUACAAUAUAAUUUGUAGAAUAUUUCAGAGCAUAACAUUUGUUCAUCCUUGUUUUAUUACUGGUUUAUGCGAAGUGACUUUUCAAUUCUUCAAUAAUAUCUUUGAGAAGAACAAAAAUAUCAUUGUAUCUCAUUCAUCUGAACUAUUGACUUUAACUAAAGUUGAUCAUUGCAUCUACGAUAAAACUGGUACACUGACAAACACUAAUACUGUCCUCUGUGGAGUCAUAUGUGGAGUCUAUUUCUAUAAUCUAAUCAAUGGAGAUGUAAUUAGGAAUGCUACAAAAAAUUAUAGAAAAUUAAAUACCACUCCAUAUAUCCAUAACAACAUGCAAGAGAUCUAGGAAGAACAAGAGGAUUAAGAAGAGAACAACAUUGGUAUUGGUUCAUUACAGAAGAGUGAAAGAUUCAUUUAAAAUCCAGGAAGUCAUUAGUCAGUAAAAAGUAGACUUCAAUCACAGCAUGAUGAGGCAAUUAGCUUUAAUUAAGAUGAUGCAGUUUUCAAUGAGGAAGAACCUGAGAGCAGGAACAUGGUCUUUAAUUUCAAUCCUCAUUUUAUUAGACAAAAUGAAUACAUUAAACCCAAAAAGGCGUAGAGUGUUGACGAAGAAUUGUCUCCCCCAGAGAAAGCGGUUUCAAAUAGAUAUAAUAGAAGAACAUUAAAUAACACUAGUAGGCUUUUAACUAAACCAAGGAGAGAAUUAAGGAUUGUUGAACGAGUACUUGAAUAAACUUAAGAUCCUGCUAAUGGAUCAAUGUUAUCUCCAUCUCCAAUUACAUCUUCAAAGGAUUUUAGAAAAGAAAAUAAACUUGGGGAAUCCCAGAUAAAUGAGGACGAAUUGUAAUAAAAGUAGCCCUCAGAAAGUGAUUGUGAUGACAAGGAAUAAUAAGGGGGAAGAAAAGAUUUAUAAGAGAUUAUCAAAACUGGUUAAAAGUAAGCAGACAACUUUAUGAGAUCUUUAAUAUUAUGUUAAGAUGUUAAAACUAAAUACUCUAAACCAUAAAAUAAACCUAGUAGAGAUAAAAACGUACCAACUAUAGGCAUGUCUGGACUCAUGAAUGAACAUCCAAGUAUGAAUCCCCAAAAUUUCCUAAAUGAAAACACUGAGGAAUAUUAAGAAUCUAUUAUCAAGUUUGCUAAGUAAUACUAAUUUGAGUUCAAUUGUGCAGGGUUGUUAAACAAGAAAAUUUGCUAUGAAAUCAGUGCUAAGGGACUAAGUGAAAGAUAUCUAGUUUCUAAGAAGGUUAGUGACAAUGAAACAUUUGCUAUUUUCAUGAAACCUAUCUAAUAAAGGAUUAGAAAUUAAGCAAAUCAAUUUGAGAGGUAGGGAACUGAAAGAGGAUCAAAAAAAGGAGCAUUACUCAAAUUAUAUGUAAAGAGUGAGAAUUUAGCUUUGCUUGAUAAAUGUAAGUUAUCAUAAAAGAAGAGAGUGAAUUUAGAAAAGUAAAUGACUCAUCAAGCCUAAUAAGGCUAAAGGCUUAUUGUCUAUGCAGGUAAGGAUAUCCCAGAAGAUGCAGUCAAGAAUAAGAAUAAAUAUUAAGAAGCAAGUUUUGAUACUAUGGAAAUGACUCAUCAUGAUAAAGAAUUGAUUAAAGAUUUAGAUUAUUACGGUUUGAUUUGUCUCAAGGAAGAUUAAAAUCCUGGAGCUUAUGCUUAAGUUAAGACUUUUAAAAGUUUAGGAAUUUCAUAAUGGAUAUUGAGUGGGGAUAAGAAGAUGUAGACCUUAUCAGCAGCCAAUUAUGUUGGAAUUGUGAAUAAUAAUAAUACUCUGCUAAGAAUUGAUGAAGUAGAUGAAGAGAAAUUAAAAUUAUAAAUUAAAUCCUAAUUGCUGUUUAUAAGGAAGUAAUUAUUGAAGGAGGAUGAAAGUUAGUAAAAUGAAUCAACUAAGAGUUUUGUUACUUAAAAAUCAGUUACAGAAAUGAAGAGAAGUGGACUUUAAAAGAAAGCUACGUUUGAUGAAAAUAUGAUUAUGAAAUCAAAGAAGGGAGAAGAACCUUUACAGAUGGUGUUCUUAUUGGUAAAUGGAAAAUCUAUAAAAACCAUAUUCAGUGAUGAUUAUACUAAAAGCCAUUUUUUGUUUAUUGCUCUAAUUUUGAAGACUGUCAUUGCAUAUGAUUGUUCAUCAGCAGAUAAGGAGUUAAUAACAAAAGCUGUCACGAAAAUCUUUGAACCAAGCAGUACACUUUUAACAAUAUCAGACUCAGUUGAUGAUUUCAACAUGAAUUCUCAUGCAAAUGCUACUAUUCAAUUUUCAAAAGAGAAAAGGUCUUUAAAAAUAGCAUAUCAAAACAUAUAAGUUAAUGAUUUGUAACACAUAAAAUAAUUAGUACUCUAUUUUGCUAAAAUAUUACCAAUGCAUUUGAGUCAGUUGACAGUCAUGUGUACAAAAAUAAGUUUAUAUUAAUUGAUAAUUUUGACUCUUUUUGUUUGCGUUAGAAAAACUCUCUAUAUUGAAGAGGAUGUUGUUUAUUUGUUGGCUGUAUAGAUUCAUAUCAUAAUUAAUGGGUUGUUGCCUGCCUUUGAAGAUAGAUCCAGUCAUGAACAAAUUGAAUUGAUGCUUCCAUAGAACUAGCCUUAGACAUAUAAGUGUUUCAAAUCAAAUUUCAGAUGGCUAUAAGAAUUAUUUUAUGAAGCUCUGAUUUCAGCAGGAAUCACAGGACUUUUAAACACCUACAUAUUUGCAGAAUUCAUGAUGUUUUUCACUUCAGAUUCUAAUAAUUUAGCUCAUUUGAUGUUCUUAUUUUAAUUAUUCAGUGUGUUUGCUUUUGGAACUUCUUAGAUGAUUCAUCUUAAUGUGCCAUUUUAGAAGAUAAUAUGGAACUUAAUUAUUACUUUGGGUUUAUUAACUAUAUCAUUUGCAAUAGUCAUAUAAGCAGAUUUAAGAGUUUAGAUAAUUCGAAACAUAUUCAAAUGGCAAUUCAUAAUUGGUAUAAUAACUGGAAUUAUCAUAAUAAUUACAAUAGAUUAGAUCGUAAAGUAGACAAGAGAGAUGAUGUUUACUCCGAGAAUAAUAUUGAAUUUUGUGAAAUUCGUAGAGACAGCAUUAAAAAACUAUGGAGGGAAGAUAGUUUCAGAGUAAUUAAAACAAUUCCCAAUGACCAAUCAUAUCAAAAUAAAUCGAUAGUUUUUCAGAAAGAUCAAGAAGGUAUUUGAGAAUGUUUCGAUUGACCCUUUUAUUCGUUCUCUGUUUGAGAGUGAGAAAACCCAAUCCUUCAAUGGAGAAUAUUCAAAAUUUUCAUUGGUCUUUAAGAAUCAUAAUUACGAAAAACAAUUUAGACAAUUUAAAGUUCAAUUAUAUUACUAAUAAAGAAGAGAAGUAGUUUUAGUGUUGUUUAUAGUACUAAGAGUGAGCAGUGUAAUAGCAUGGGCUCCAUUCCUUACUCAGGAAGAUACAGUAUUGAAUAUCUUAUGGGCAAUCGUAAUGAUUAUGUGGAUCUUGACUUUGCUGAUAACUAAAGUAAUAGAGAAGAAGUAGGCUGAUUAGACAGUAUUCUAAAUAAAGUGUGGAACUAUUGAGGCUUACUUUUUUAUUCCAGUAGUGUUAAUAUUAGAUCAUUUUUUGAGUGUGACACUUCCAGAAGAUAAGAGUCAGUAUUAUUUUAGUACCUUUGGAUAGUUGCUUUAUCAGCAAUUUUUAGCAUGGGACAUAUUCCCUCCUCCCCUUUAUUAUCCGAUUACUUUGACCUUGAUCUUUUUUGUCAAUUAUACUAUUAGAGUUGGUCAAUUUUAUACCAUUUAGGUUAAUUCUGAUUCUGAAACUCCUACUUUCACAGUAGAAUUCAUAACAUUGUAUGUUCUGCUGUUCUUCUUAAAUCUACUAUCAAAUUACACUCACUAUAAUUUUUAGUUUUAACGAUUCCAAAGAUUAGUAUUUUUGUUUGAUCAGGCAUUAUAAACCCAGUAGGAGUAAACAAAUUAAAUUUUGAAAUCCCUAUUGCCAGCAUUUAUAUAUGAAAAAAUUGAAUAAGCAGAGGAAACCUAAAUUGAAGAGAAUCAAGGAUCAGUCUCAAUUAUAUUUCUAGAAAUAUGUGAAUUUGACAAAAUAUUAUAAUCAAAACAAAGAUAAGUGGUUUCAUUUCUAGAUGAUAUUUUUAGAGUUUUGGAUAAGAUAUGUUUAUAGUAUGGUGUAUAAAAGAUCGAGACUGUUGGUAAGACUUAUAUGGCUUGUUCUGGUUUGAAAUCUACUGAAAUUGAAAAUAAUAAGGAUGGAUUGAAUCAACAAAAGAAAAAUGAAACAGCUCUAGCAUUAGAAUUGUCAUUAGAUUUUUUGAAGGCAGUGUCUGAAUUUAGGUAUGAAUACAAAGAAUAAGAAAUUGUGAAAUUAUAUAAAUUAAAGAUAAAAAUAGGAAUUCAUUAUGGUUAAGUGUUUGCAGGAGUCAUUGGAUAUCAUAAACCAUAGUUCUCAUUAAUUGGAGAUACAGUCAAUACAGCCUCUAGGAUGUGUUCCACUGGAGAAGUGGGUAGAAUUACAAUCUCUUCCGAGGCGUAUGAAAGAGUGAAGGACACAGAGUUCUUGUUCACUUCCAGGGAAGUUGAAGCAAAAGGUAAAGGUCAUUUGAUCGUUCAUCAAGUAACUCAAAGAAAAUUAUAAUAAAAAAAGCAUCUAUCUCAAGUGAAAUAUUUUGAGGGUUAGAAGAAUGGAAGAGUAUUAACAUUCAAAACUCACAAUACCAAUAAUUCAAAUAUUAGAUCCACUCUAAUGAAAUAGACCUUUAAAGAUAUAUCUCCGCCUUUAUCUCUAAAUCAAAAUGAGCAUCCAACUACUAAAGAUUAUGGUCGUAGAUCCAAGAUAAUGAAUCAUCCUAUGUAGGGAUCUUAGAUGAUAAAAUAACCUAGAAAAAAUAAAGGACCUGAAUAAACGAGAGGAAACAAAAAGGGAACCAUCAAGGAAGACUUUACUUCGAUAAGUGAAACAGUUUGGAAAGACAGAGCAAAAUCUCAGGUCAUUUAAAAGACAGAUUAUAACACGAACGAUUGGGAAGAAAUUAAGGAAGACGAGAUUUAAAUGAAGUAGGUCGAGAAGGAUCCUGAAAAUAGGAUAGUUGGUGUUUCUGAUAAUGAUGUGGAUGUUCCAGAGAAUGAAAUGAAGAGUGAAAAAAUAAAGAAGAUCAUAGAUUUGGACAUAUUGAAAUAUAACAAAUUAACAUUAGAAUAUGAGAAAUGUAAUGAUGCCAAUAUAGUGAUGCAAUUUGAACAAUACUAUUAGGAAGUGAGAUCUGCACUCAAAGAUAUCUUUUAUCCUAUGACUAUUGUGUACACCUUAUUUAAAGCAUAAAUAUAAUUGCUUGAUUCUGGCUAUGAUGGAUUAACAAUUUAUAUUGUAAGGAUGUUUUUAAGUUUGUACUUAAUAAUUCUGUACUUCAUAACGAGCAGACUCAAAAAAUACAAUAUGCACAAUUUGGAUCUAGCAUUGACAGGGUUGUAUUAUGUUAGUGCUUUCUUAACAAUGUUUUUUGUGACUUUUGACAAUCAAUAAAGAUUCUUAAUAUCAGACAAUGCAGAAGCAUACUUUUUUGCAUUUUCAGCUGUCAACUAAUAAUCAUUAAAAUUUAAGUACAUGUUCUUCUAUAUUUUGUUACAAUAAGCAGCCUGGUUUGUACAACUGUUAUUGCAUCAUCAUAACAAUUUAUUAGUGUUCAUUGUUUUAUCAACUAUUAUUUUGGUCAUAGUCUCCCAUAAUAACUUCGAAUUGACAAUCAGGAAUUUUAAUAGUGCAGCCAAUGAAAAUUUGAAAAAAGAACAGAGGGACUCAUUAUUAACCAAUUUAUUGCCAUCUCACAUUCUCACUAGAUUUUAUUAAAAUAGCAAGAUCAAAUUAGAAUUGUCAGAUGUGUUGAUAGAUGCAACUCUCUUGUUUGCAGAUAUCAGUGGAUUCACUGCGUAUUCUGCAAGUGUUCCAGCUGAAUAGGUAGUCAAAAUGUUGAGACAAUUGAUGACUUCAUUUGAUAAGGAGUGUCUACAAUAGAAUGUGUAUAAAGUAUACACCAUAGGGGAUUGUUAUGUUGUAUUGGGCAUCAAUGAUAUGGAGUAGAGACAUCCUGGUUAAGAGGCUAAAAACGUAUUGGAAAUGGGGUUGGAAAUGGUUGAAAUCAUUAAGAAAGUAAGGAGGGAAAUCAACUUUUAAAAUUUGAAUAUGAGGAUAGGAAUACACACAGGACAAUUUUAUGGGGGGAUCAUCGGUACUGAUAUUGUGCGAUAUGACAUCUUUGGAAUCGAUGCUGUCAUAGCAAAUAAGAUGGAAUCAUAGGGAGAGGCAGGCAAAGUUAUGGUGAGUGAGGAUACUAGACGAUUGAUUAAUAUUCAUUUUCCUGGUGAAUACAAUUUUACUUACAACAAAGGAGUAGAUAUCCCAGUUGCUAAAAAGAAGGUGGAGGCAUAUUUUGCAACAAAAGCUGAUAUCUAAAAUAGAUAAGACAAUUCAAAAUUUAUGUGA